AUGCUAGCACGAGCUCGGCCUUGCUGGAAAGGAGGGCAGCACCGCCCGCGCGUCUUGGGCUCCCGGGGACCCAGCAACAAUCGGGGCGCUGGCGACAGCGAGCGGCCAGGGGCGCGUAGACAGGCCGACUGCGCGGACCAGCAACUGCAGAGGAAGCCGCCCAAGGCCUCGCGUGGGCGGGAACAAAGAAGCGAACACCCGAGCCCGGAGCCUGGAGUGCGGGUGCCAGCUCUCCGCGGCCUGGUGGAGCCCGCGCCGGAGGCCCGGGGCACGUGCAGACCGGAGUCCCUUGAGUGGCGCGCCCGGGACGUGAGUGCCCCUUGCCUUGCCCGGCACCUGACCCCUUCCCCGCCCACCGCGUGCGCUUUGGCACGGCUUCAAUCAUCCGAGCAGGCCCCGCCCUCCGCCGCGGCCUCCGCUAGCCUGGGAGGACGCACGGACCCGGGCUGCGGAGAUUCUGCAGCCGAGGCCCCUGAGCGGACACCACCACCACCACCACCCCGAGACGACGGCGGAAAAGCCACCCCCGCCAGGACGGAGGCGGUCAUCGCGCACCCGCUUUCUGCUCCGCUGGUUCCAGCCGGCGCGAGGACAAAACACGCGUGCGCCGGGCGGGCGGGCGCGCGCGCUACAGCUUCAGCAAGCGGUGCGAGGUGCACGCCGCCCUUUUGCCGGAGCAGCCGCCGCAGCAGCUCCGCCCUGGGGGACUGA